AUCGAGGAGUAGAUCGAAGGUGAUUGUAACAGUGAUCGAACAGAAUAUUUUACAGUCGUAAGCAAUGGGUGUGAUUUCUGAGAAUUCAGUCAUCUUGAUGUGUAAAUGCGGUUUGCGUACUAUUCCAAUAAAGUGUUGCCGGUCUUUCACGUCGUACAUGGAUUUGGUCGACAAAUUGUGCUUCAAGUUCAGUGGGUUGAGAUUCGAUUCAGUGAGGCUUUUUUAUAAUCUACGGGAUUAUGAUGGCUGUGUUUUGGAGAAUGAUGAUGAUUUGGAGGUAAUGUUUUCUUUAGCUGGUUGUUAUGGUGUUGAAGUAAUUGACGUUACAGUUGUAAAUUCUGGUGGCAGUAAUGGUUGUUUUGGGAGUGAUGUUAUGGCUAUUGGAGUUGAUUGUUGUGAGACUAGUUGUUUGACUACUGAUGUUGGGUCUGUUGGACUUUGUGGUGGUAGUAGUGGCAGUUAUGAUAGUAUUUUUACUAGUUCAAAAGGGAAAGGGUUAGCUGUUAGUUGUUUGACUACUGAUGUUGGGUUUGUUGGACUUUGUGGUGGUAGUAGUGAUAGUUAUGGUAGUAGUUUCACUAGUUCAAAGGGGAAAGGGCCAGGUGUUAGUGGAAGCAGUGAUGGUUUGUGUACUGAUGUUGGAAGUUGCAGCAUUUCGAAAGGGAAAGGUUUAGGUGUUAUUCGUUCGGAAUGGAGGUUGGAUGUUGAGAAAGAGAGAGACUUACUACCCACAUUUUGUCAGCAUCAGGAUCGUGCAUUAUCGUCUGACGGUUGGCGUCAUUAUAUCAAAGAAGUUAACCAGAAGUUUGAGGGCGGUGCAGUUGAGUUUCGUGAUAAAUUGGCAAAGUUUGCAAUAUUUUAUGGUUUUGAGUAUAGUUUUGCAAAGAAUGAAAAGGAUAGGGUGACUGUAUUUUGUAAGGAUGCAGAUUGUAAGUGGAGAGUGCAUGCGAGGUUGGACAAGGUCAGCAGUUAUUUUUAUAUACGUAGUUUUGAUGAUAUCCACUCGUGUGGUGCUUCUGUCCUUACCACAAAGCAUUCGCGGGCUUCGUCCAGUAUGAUUGGAAGAUUAAUGAGUGCUGAUAUUCGAACCACACCGCAGAAACGUCCGGUCGAUGUAGUUAGUUCACUGAAGGGUUUGUAUAGGGUGGAUGUUCCAUAUAAACGAGCUUGGAAGGGUGUUGAGAAGGGGAGGAAUUCUGAUCCUGAAAGCGUGUUUGAAAUAGAGGUAGACACUAAGACGAAUCGAUUUCAAAGGUUGUUUGUUGCGUUCAGUGCAUGUAUUUCUGGUUUUAAACAUUUGAGGCCCCUUUUGUUUGUCGAUGGUACAUUUUUGAAGGGAAACUUCAAGGGAUCAUUGCUUUCUGCGAGUGCGAAGGAUGGUGAUAAAGGACUGUUUCCAUUGUGUAUUGGUGUGGCUGAUUCGGAGAGCAAUGAGAAUUGGUUGUGGUUUAUGAAGAAGUUGCGUGGUAUUUUGGAUGGAGAUACGAGAAGCAUUGUCUUUGUUUCUGACAGGAAUGCUGGAAUAAAAGCUGCAGUUCCCAGGGUUUUCCCUUCAGGAUUUCAUGGGUAUUGUCUUUACCAUUUGAAGAACAACCUUCGUGGUCGAUUGACAGGUAGAAGGAACAAGUAUAAAGAGCGCGUGAUUGGUCUGUUCAGUUUAUGUGCUUAUGCACCAAAUGAGAUGAAGUUUAAUGAAGAAAUGGCUAGGUUAAAGAAAGCAGGUGGGGAAGCAAGGAUUACGAAUUUCCUAGCUGAUUUGCCUUACGAACAUUGGGCUAAUGCUUUUUCCCCGGGACAGCGCUAUGGAGAGAUGUGGUCUAAUUUGGCUGAAUACUUCAAUUCUUGGAUAGAGAAGGAGAGGCACUUACCGAUCACACAACUGGUUGAUCGAGUACGGAUCAAGCUUAUGGAACAGAUGUGUUUUAGGAAACAAACUGCAGCGAAGUGGCGUCAGGUUCUUUGUCCCACAAUGGAUGAAGCUUUGGCAAUUGCUUUUCAGGAGUCCAAGGCCUGGGAAGUAAAAUUUUCUUCACCAGAUGUGCUCGAAGUUUUAUGCAAUCCAUCUGUCAAGGUGGAUAUAGGGAGGCAUAGUUGCACUUGUACGCAAUGGCAAUUGAAUGGUGUACCUUGUGUGCAUGCAGUUUGUGCAAUUAAAAAGAGCGGGAAGUCACUGAAUGCAUGUGUUGAACGUUACUUCCACGCGGAAUGUUAUCGGGAGGCAUAUUCUAGACCUAUUAUGCCUGUUCCUACGCUGUGGAAACCUGAAGUUGCCGGUGAUGCUGUGAUAUUACCUCCUAUUUCUAGAAAGCCACCAGGGAGAAAUAAGAAGAAGAGGAUACGAUCUUUUGGGGAGAAGGUCAGACCCAUUAAAUGUGCUAGGUGUGGAAAGAGAGGAUCUCAUAACAGGAGGAGUUGUAAGGAGGCUAUCAAUUAAAUACUGCCAGGAUUUCAUAACAGGCUUUGAUUUGAGUGGAUAUUAAGAAAUAAGUUUUCAUCUGGAUUUAGUGGAAUUGUAUUGAGUUGAAUUGAUAUUGAGUUGAAUUGAUUGAGGAUUUAUUGAUUUGGUUAUUUUUGGUGUUAA